CAUGUCUGAUGAAGAUACGAAUGUAAAUAGCAUUCUAAGAUAGUUUUGUGUUCUGCGCUGAUUUUGGUGUAAAAUGUUUCAAGAAAAAUGUGUGGAGCCGAAACUGGAAUACACAUAUGAUGAGGCUGUGGAGUUAGCUGGCCAUGGCCGAUACAACUACCUGGUUCUGGUGGCGUGCAGUAUCAUCAGUAACGCGGUGGCUCUGGACAUGUUCGCCUUCGGACUGAUCCUGGCUACAGCUUCGUGUGACCUCCAGCUGGGCAUAGGGCAUAUUGGUCUGCUUGGGUCUAUACCAUUCGCUGGUCUUCUCUUCGCCUUUCCAUGGGGUUACUACGCUGAUAUCAGCGGAAGGAGACGGGCACUGUUGCUGUCCUGCUCUGUCGGCUUCAUCAUGGCGGCUGUCGGGAGCCUGGCUCCGAACUGGCAGACGCUGCUGGUGCUGAAGUUGGUGGGCUGCAGUUUUUCAACGGCAUCGUUCAGCCUGACCAUGACGUACUUAGGCGAGUGCACAGGGAACAAACACAGAAGCCAAUACAUGUUCAUCAUGAAUAGCAUCAACCUGUUCUCCGAAGCUGUUACGUUCAUGCUAGCUCUUGUCAUCCUACCACUGACCUUCAACAUCCCCAUACCCUGGCUCAGCAUCACAUACCGGCCCUGGCGGCUCCUAACCCUCAUUCUGGCUAUACCCCUCGGAGUAGGAGCGACCAUGAUGUGGUUCCUGCACGAGACCCCAAAGUUCCUUGCAAAUAGGGGGUACAAUGAAACGGCGUUGGAGGUGCUGAGGAAAAUCUUUGAGGUCAAUGGAGGGAAGAAAGAGGAGUAUCAGGUUAAAAGUAUAACAAAAACUAUGGAAACACAGAACAAGGAACCGUUUUGGAAGUCAAUCGUACAGCAAACGGUGCCGAUCUUCAAGCCGCCUCUCCUGUGGAGGACGAUGCAGCUCUUCUAUUUGAUGAUGCUCUGCUGUGCCAUUAACAACAUAUUCGUGAUGUGGUACCCCACUAUUGUCAAUUCCUUCUUCACAUCCCUCUCACACGGUGUGAUAGAAGAGAAAAGCUUCUGCGAUAGGUUCGUUAGUAACCUGACAGCCAAUCCUAGUGAGACUGCCGAUUGGUCCUGCAACGACACCAUCACCUCCAGCACUCUGUACACCGGCAUCGUCACCGGUUGCUUCUACACCUUGCUGAACCUCAUCAUCUCCAAGGUGGCCAAGUGGCGCCGCAGCGUUUUGCUCACCAUCUACCUCAUCCCUGGCGUCUGCAUGAUCUUGACUAAUGCUGUGAAACAGCCUAUCGCUAGUUUGAUCAUGUUCGCUCUUGUUCAGGGAACGGCUGUUGGCAUUGGGGUUGUGGCGUCGUAUUUUGUGGAUCUGUAUCCGACUUCUUAUAGGGCCCUUGUAACAAGCCUCGCUUUGAUGACUGCCCGACUGGGCUCUCUCUCAGGCAUCAACAUCAUCGGUUAUGUCAUGACCUCCAACUGCGAAAUGACCUUCUACUGCUGCGCUGCUUUAGUGUUCAGUGGCGUUGUUGUGACUUUGCUUCUACCUUCGGACAAAAAAGCCAACGGAUAAUAAGACAGAGCAUGAAUAAAAUAAUAGUUAUUUGUUAAACAAGGGGGCAAAGUUGUAUUUUAACGCCGAGUGUGGAAUUGAAAAACGAGCAAUUGAAGGAUUUUAUAGUUGAACCACGAGCGAAGCGAGUGGUUCGAGAAUAGCAACCCUUGCGAGUUUUUAACACACGAGAAGUAAAAUACAUUUGCGCCCGAGUGUAACACAAAACUUUUCCCCUCAUGCACUAUAGCGAGCAAACGACAACGCAAAAAAUGCGUUUAUCACUGCUUCCAGUAGUUCCACAGGUGGUAAAUCAUCUUUAUUACUAGAUUCACCUACUUUUAUCAAUUUUAAAGCAGUUAAUUUGACUUUAUUCAAGGUCA